AAAAUUUCACCAUUUUCCCUCUUUGAAAAACCCCAAAUCGAUUGUCGAUUUUAAUUUUGUUUUUUUUCCCCCUAUUUUCUGUUCAUCUAUGACUGUGCCCUCUUUUGUUAAUAUCAAUGCAUUUUGGAACAGCAAGUUUCUCGGACCAUUACAUUGAAUAUCAGACAUUUAUUUCUUCUAGAAUCUCUAACAUUCAAUUUCAGUUUUUUUUUUUUUUUCAAUUUUCUAUGCUGGGGAAAUGUUUUAAGUUCAUUUUGUUUUGAUUCUUCUUAUGUAUGUAUAUAGUCAUUGCUCCAACAGUUGACUUUCUUGUGAAUAUGAAUAAGCCUCCACUUGUCAACCUUGUCAUGGUUUCCACUCUUUUCUUUUAAAUUUGAUCAAAUCCGUCCCCUCUUAGAACAAAUUUCAAAUCUGGGUUUUGUUUUUUUUUUGUGGUAAUGUUGGUGUUUUCCUUGGAUUUCUUGAGUUUUUGGUUUCAUUGGAUCAUUGUUCUCUUGUUGGUUUUUGCUUUCUGUUCUGUUCUGUUGAUUUUGGAUUGAUUUUAUUGACAUUCUCGAGAGUGACAUGAAUUGUUUGUCAUAAUGUCACCUCAAUUUAUAUCUACUUGUUUUGAUUUUUUUUUUUUUCCCUUUCACUGUAGAUCUUUGAUUUGGGUCAGUGGCAUUGAUGAGAAAUUGCAAUAUCAGCAAUGACUCUUGGAAAACAAGACUCGAGAAAGAAGUCCUUCAUUAGAAAAAUGUUUACCAUGGGAGAAAGAAAUGGGAAGAAAGAGUUCAAAGGCUCAUUUGAGUCCACUGAACCAAAUUCAGACCUACAGCUAGACAGUACAUUCUUAGGCAGCACAGACUCUCUAAUGGCUCCUGGUCAAGAAGUUCAAUCCUUCCGUGUUUUCGUUGCCACGUGGAAUGUUGGAGGAAAAUCUCCCCAUACCAACCUCAAUUUGAACGAUUUUCUCAAGAACGAUAACGAUGCUGAUAUUUACAUUUUCGGUUUUCAGGAAAUUGUGCCUCUAAAUGCUGGAAAUGUUCUAGUUAUUGAAGACAAUGAACCUGCUGCAAGAUGGCUAUCCUUAAUUAAUCAAUCAUUGAACAACCCAACAAAUGGCUGCUUGAGAGGACUGAAACCUAACACUGGUCUUGGAGGUUCGAAAUUCUUUCCAAAACCUUCCCUUAAAAGCGUCAGUAAAACUUUCAGGACUGUAAGUAGAAGGAACCUAAAAAGUUGCAAUUGUACACCACUGGAACUCGAAAGGAAACGCAGCAAGGAUUUCUGGUUUCGGUGCCAACCAUCGAAUGUGAGUCAAAAUGGCAUUUCUUCAGAAGAAGAUGACGACGAGGAGGAUCCGAACGUCUGUGAUAUUUCAGAUAUUUCCAUUCCUGAAAAUGAGACAAAGUAUGGUCUCAUUGCAAGUAAACAAAUGGUUGGCAUUUUUGUCACAAUUUGGAUGAGGCAGGAGCUUGUUCCACAUGUUAGCCACUUAAGAAUUGCAAGUACCAGUCGCGGGAUCAUGGGCUGCCUCGGGAACAAGGGGUGCAUUUCAGUGAGCAUGUUAUUUCACCAGACAAGCUUUUGCUUCAUCUGCAGCCACUUAGCUUCUGGAGAGAAAGAAGGAGAUGAACUAAGAAGGAAUUUGGAUGUCAUCGAAAUUCUUAAGAACACUCAAUUUCCAAAAAUAUGCAGACUACCUUACAGUCGGGUGCCGGAGAAAAUCCUCGGACAUGAACGAAUAAUAUGGUUAGGAGACUUGAAUUACCGAAUAGCUUUGAGCUACUCGGAAACUCGAAGACUCAUGGAAGAGAAUCACUGGGAUGCACUUCUCAACAAAGAUCAGUUGAAGAUUGAAAGGGAUGCAGGGCGAGUGUUUUGUGGAUGGAAAGAGGGAAAGAUUUACUUUGCACCCACGUAUAAAUACUACUACAAUUCAGACACCUACGCUGGAGACUUGAAAAAAUCGAAAAAGAAGAGAAGAACUCCAGCUUGGUGUGACAGAAUUUUAUGGCACGGUGAUGGCAUACGACAACUUUCUUACAUCCGUGGAGAGUCCCGGUUUUCCGAUCACCGCCCCGUCUGUUCAACAUUCCUAGUUGAUGUCAUGGUCAUCGAGGGAGGGAUGAAGAAGAAAAUGCCUAGCUGUGAUAUGAAAGUUGGGGCUGAAGAAUUGCUACCAACAAACAGUAGAUAUUAUCGCUAAGUGGUUCUAAUAUGCUCAGUAGCUUAAUCUAACGAUUCAUAACCAUUCAUCAGAAGAAUGAUGACUCGUCGAACUUUUGCCCGACACCAAAUCUAGUAGGAUUGUGUAGAGAUCGUAACGAAACCAGCAAGUCGAGUUCUGUUAGUAGAUUGUUCAAGUCAAGGAAGGGAUGUGAUCAUCAUCAUCAGCCAUGGAUGCAGAUUGUUGCUUGCAGAUGCAUCACAGCAGAUUGCAGCCAAUGGGGAACUGAAAAAAGGGAAGAAUAGUUUAGGGGGAAAAAAGUAGAAAAACAAAAAGAAAGAAAGUUUGAUUUUUUUUUUCUUAGUGUAGCUCUCAGUCAAACUAGAGAGAAGAAAGUGAUAUAAGUUUUUAAGUUAGAAUUUUUUUGUCUUUUAAGCACUGAGCAGAUUGCAGAAGUAACAUUUGAUUUGAUUAUUUGAUGAAAUAUAGUAAUAGAAUUCAUUUCUUUUUUGGUUGAAGAGUAGAAUCCAAAGUUUGACAACCAGGAAGAAAAAAAAAGCUUCUGCUAUUUUGAUCACGUGAAUGGUCACGUGAUGGCAGGUGAACAAAUUAUUUUAUAAUUAGCAAAAACUCUCCAAGUUUUUUUUUUUAAUUUUAUUUUUUUAUUUUGCUUUGGAAAUUGGAAGUUCCACAAGUCAAAGCAUACAUGUUGUUUACAUCACAUGGCUCACACUCACACCCAAUGGAUCUGCAUUGAAAACUGUGUUUGAUCUUUACUGGCUAAUACAGGCCAUUGAUAUUUUGAAAAUUUUUAAGAUUAGUUGCAAAUCACACCCUUGAGAGUUAUUUACUUUCAAAAUCCAACCCUUGUAUUUUGAAAAUGACUUAAAACCUCUCAAGUCUGUUAUAAUGUAUAUUGCUGAGGGAUAUUUGGGAUGUUGAGUUGAGUUAUGAAGUCUAGAGUUAAUUUGUUGACAUUAGGAAGUCUAUGUUUGGAGGGUAGAAUUAUAAAGAUAAAGUUUUUCGAUAAAUAUGCAAAAAAGAGAGGAGAAAAUAGAGUUCUCAAUAAAUGUGCAAAUUUUAGAAGUUGGUAGAGUUGAGUUACUUAACACCGACUAAUGAAGUCGGUUGCCCAAACAAUCCCAUAGAGUUUACAUCUACAAAAUGAGUCUGGUUUUUGUCAAAGCUAACUGAUAGAAGGGUAUGAGUUAAACUUUUUUUAACAUAUGGGUAUGAUUGGCAAAAUAUACAAAAUACAGGAGUGUAACUUGCAAAUACCUUGCUUUUUAAAUUUUUUUUUUUUUAAAAAAAAAGACCCUACAAAUUGUAUAGAGGAGUAUAGAAUAUGGGAGCAAUCAGAGAUUUCAGUAGAAUAUUGCUCAAAACAGAAACAAAGGAGGCAGUUGAAGACAAAAGUUGAAAACUUGUUAAAACUUAUAUAAGGAGGCAGUCCAAGUUGUUAGAGUUGAAAGACAAACAAGACAUUGAUUCUCUCAGAGCUUCACAAAAAAACAUGAAACCUUUGAUCUACAAAUCAUUGUUGGUUCCAGUUAUCUACACUUUUCUACUUAUGUUUACUCUCCAUCUUCACACUCCUACUCAAGCUGCAAGAAUGCUCCUCCCUUCCCCGAGUUCUCGUUUUGCUUCUAAGUCAUUACCGUUACCGUUAUCGUCAUCGUCAUCAUAUCAAGUUGAUCUUCUUCUUCAUCUUCCUCCCACUGCUCGGAAGCUCGGCGAAACGACGUCGUCUACUACCACCAGCCUUCGCCGAAUACCUCGUAGCGGCCCAAACCCCACACAGAAUAGAAUGAAGCCUAAGUUCAGAAGCUAAAUCUUAAAUGAAUCAUCAAGAUGAAGAAGAAACAGAUGUUUAAAGGAAUCUCAAAGGCAACCAUUAUUCUAGUUUUCCUUUUUAUACUAAGAAAAAAGAUUCAUAGCUAUAGAAAUACAGUAGAAAACUGACUGUUAUAUACAAUUGUUUGAUUAGAAAGUUGUUUCUUUAAAGAACUUCUUGUGUAUGUGUAGAUUUCUCAAUGUCAAAAUCAACUUCCACAA